GCACACACACAGAAAAAAGAGGAGGGCUCUUGUGUCCGCAUAGUGAGGAGCUGUGUCUAGAGAGACAGUGAGGGGGGUAGUGCUGGAGCAGGAGAAACAAGAUAACGAAGCACAACGAGAGAGAGAGAGAGAGAGAGAGAGAGAGAGAGAGAGAGAGAGAGAGAGAGAGAGAGAGAGAGAGAGAGAACAGAGUGGAGGACAGAAAGAGCAGCUCUCUGGAUUCCCUUCCAGACACUAAAAUUUUCAUGACAUCCUCCAUUAUUGAAUCAGCAAGUGCUUCUCUCAUUCCCCCUAUCAUCACCGCUCCUGUUUUUCUUCUCCACCUGCCGUUGGGGUUUGCGCACGGGUGUUUGAGAAAGAGCACGCGUGCAUGUGUGAAAAAGGGCAUGUGUGCGUGUGUAAAUGCGAGAGUGUGUGAGGCGUUAACCAUCGCUUAUCGCUGGACUGUUGGAUCAAGAUGGAUUUCUAUUCUAAGGGUUGUCGGUCCUCUCUGGGAUUGGAGUGUGUCUCUCUAGUUCUCUUCUCCACCACGCCACACAUACACUCGGUUGCAAGAGAGAGAGGACUGUAGAAGCCGCCUGCAUUAGCGCUACAACACGGUACGAAAAGGAGGACGUAGUGUUGGGAAGUCUUCCGCUGCUCAGCUUCCAGAUCGGGGUGCUGCAGCCGUCCGAUAACAUCGGCCGCAAGCACGCCUUUAAGGUGUGGUACGAGGAAGAGGAGGAGGAGGAGAAAGGAGACUUGAAGGGUGCCAUUGUGUUCUGUGUGCAGGCAGAGCACGCCGGCACGCGUACGUAUUACUUUAGCGCUGAGUGCCAGGAGGAGCAGGAGCAGUGGGUGGCGGCCAUGAGCGAGGCCACGUGGGUCCAGCCACAGCCGACACAAAGGAUGAACUCUGAGACCGCGCCCACAGCAGAGCUCAGCCAUACCAUGGGGACCAGAGGACCCGACACACACUCACAGCACCCCGACACACACUCACACACCAGCAAAGAAGAUAACCUCCACACUCCUACACAUCCGCAAAUCAACGGGAUUGAUGACAUGGAAACCCCGCCCCCUUCCACCCCCCACUUUGAGCAAGACAUUUGUGGAGAAAAAGACAAGGUUGGAGACAGAGGAAGAGGCGGACCUUCCUCUGGGUCGUGUCCACCUCCUCUACCUCACCAUCAAGGCAACGGCUGGAGCAACUACAGAGCACUUACCGACCCCCACCACGCCAACGCCCCUCUGCCGGGUAGCCAUGGCAAUGUCUGCUCCCCGCAGUGUCCGGCGGAGGGUGGGGGUGGGCUGAGGGUUGGAGAGCAACCAGAGAAUGUGGUGUUGAGACGGGGCUUUGUGCCCAGGACCGCUCCUGAGAGGAUGGCCCAGAGGAAGAGCUCCAUGACCCAGCUGCAGCAGUGGGUGAACCAGCGCAGAGGCCUGGCCGCACACGAAGACAUGAACAGCCCCGCACGGUACUACACAGUGAACCGAGGCGUGCCUUCUGACUGUUACGGUGUCUACGGUGGGGUGCCUCCCUAUGUGGAGGAGUACCCCCUCUACCCUCCAGGGGUCCGCCCCGACAGCAUCUGCUCUGUGUCCGCUGUGAGCUACGACCACCUGCCCCCCCGCUGGGCCGAGGCAGAGAAGCAGCGCUCACUCCGGGACGGCCCUGCCCUCUACGGCCUGGCACCACAGUCACCCUGGGCCCAGCCCGGCUACUACCGGGGACCCAUGGACGCGGCACAGAACUCCCUGAGACGGCUGUCUAUCCAGCCCCGUUCCCGUUCGGUGCCCCGGUCCCCGUCUUCGUCUUCGGGGGGGCCCUACUCGCCAGGCCCCCACAGCUUUGUGUCCCCCGCCAGGUCCUCCUCGGCCAGGCUGGAUCAGCUACCUAGCAGGAUGAGGGAGGAGGGGAUCUAUGCAGACCCCUCUGUCUAUGGCUUGAGGAGGUCUCUCAGCUCCCCCAAGUAUGACUACCCUGGGGACAGGAUGUCUCUCAGCCAAGGACCAUAUCACUGUAACUACCCCGCCUCCCCCUCUCUACACAGCAAAAUGGAGGACAUACUAGACCUGCAACUCCAGAGAAAGCUGGAAUAUCUAGACCAACAGGUGCCUCCGUUCCACGAUGUCUACAGGGACCUUCAUCCAAUGUUGAAGUUCAACGAGAUUGAAACCAGUAAACUUCUGGGUCGUCUGUGUGAGCAAAACAGACUUCUGAAGGACCAGGAAGCUGUGGUCCACAGAUUGAGAAUGGACAAAGACUGUCUGGAGGGGGCGCUAGUGGCCACACACCAGGAAAUGGAGACGUACCCGGCGCAGCCUCUGGCCAGGGAGAAGCUGCUGCUGAAGAAGGAAUCUCUUCAGAACCAGCUCAUUAACAUCAGAGGAGAGCUCUCACAGGCCUCCAGUGCUAUGACAACUGCACGUAUGGAGUUUGAGGCCAUGGAGGAUGAAGCCAACGCCAUCCACGGUGACUUGUGGGAGCAGCUCAAUGCAGGCGGACAGAGUGAGUUGGUUCACAGACACAUCCAGAAGGAGUUUUGGAGGGUUCAGGAUGUACUGGAGGGACUGCAUAAGACUAACUUGUCCAGAGGCACGGACACUGCCAAGCACCGAGUGGCCAGCGGGGUGUCUGGCUCCUUUAGCACCAGUAGUCCUGCCAGUCCCCUCAGCUCCAUCAGCCUCACCAGCCCUCUCAGCCCCUUCUCCCCAGUGCCUGGCUGCCAGGCAUCCCCAUCCAAACAGCUGGAGCACAAGUUUGGCCACCGCCAGGACCAGUUGCCUGAGGAAUGGACCAGUAGCAGCGAUGUUCACGAAGUCGAUCAAGACAGGCAAUCCAGUAUUAAUAAAGUUGGGAUUGUCCCUCCAAGGACCAAGUCUCCAGUGGAGGUAGAUGUGUCCAGACGGAAUGGCAGGGUGCCAAACGGUAUCUCCAGGGAGCGUCCUAAGAGUGCAGUUUUUCCUGCGGAGGUAAAGUCCAAGAUGACCGUAGAGGAGCAGAAUGAGCGUAUCCGCAGAAACCAGAGCAGCUCUGUGAGGGACAAGAGACGCAGCCUGAACCUGUCAGGGGGCCAGUCCACUUCCAGCUACAGAGUGGUGCGUCGGCGGCUGACGGCCCACGAGGUGGACAUAAAAGACUUAGAGGCAGCGGUGCGUGGUGAGGGAGUGGAGUCCCCCAGGGAGGAAAUUGCCAGGCUGAGGCGAUCGCAGAUUGAACCAGACCACUACAACCUGGAUAUUAAUAACGAACUGUUGGCCCCAGACAAGGUUUUGAUCCCGGAACGGUACCUGGAUGUAGAGGAGGAUGCCCCUCUGAGCCCAGAAGAGCAGAGGGAGAAACAGAAGAAGGUGGAAAGGAUCAAGACACUCAUUGCUAAGUCAAAUCUCCAGAACGUGGUGCCCUUAUUGGAUGGUCCGGCUGAGGGGAGGAGCCAGAGCCACCCAGAGCAGCAGCUACAGGAGCAGGAGAAGCGCAUCGAGAUCUCCUGCGCCCUGGCCGCUGAGGCCUCUCGACGCAGUCGCCUCCUCUCUGCCCAGUGUGCCCCCAGUCCCCCCACUUCCCCGACCAACCUGGCCCCUCUCCCUUCCUCCGCUGACUUCUCUGACUCCUCCCACAUCAUGAAGGUGUGAAGCUCAAGCCCUAGCAUCAGUCAAGUUUGACGGAGCAUCCUUUUGAACCCCAAAGAAACUUCUUUGUAUCACCAGACCAGUGUAACAGUGCAACGGUCCAAUGACAAAAUACCAAGAAGAUGUACCAGGAAGCUAUGAGAAGGAGACGGCAAACCAAAAUGUGUGGCAAGACUGAAAGUUCACUCCUCCCAACUCUGGAGGCCACUGUAACUGUGUGCUUCACCUUUCAUUUGGUCAUUCACUGCACUCACAUGCUUGUUCUACUCAAUCUCAGCCUGUCACAAAGGAGUUUUAUGAAUAGAAAACAACAAUUCCAACAACAACAUUUCAGGUACACGAGAAACAGGAAAGACCUAACCAGAAAAAUUGAGGAAGCUCUUGCGUGCUACCCUGUAGUGCUCCAUAGAACCCUGGUCAGUGAAACUAUUCUUCUUUGUCACCCUGCUCAGGGGUUGAAUUUGCUGAAGAGAGAUUAAAAACCCCAUUUGAAUUUUGAGUUGAAAUGUGACUUUAUUUUGGACUAAAUGUUCCAGGAGGGAACUUUCUGUAUGUUGUGCAAGGUUCUCGGGUAAGGAUUCCAUGAACUGAUGUAGAAGCUGAUCCUCCAUAGAGGAUGGGAUGAGGAAAGAGAAAGCUAGAAAUUGUUUUAAGGAAAGUGAUCAGAUCAAUCAGAGGUUGUCUGCAAAGGGCUAAAGAACAGUGCAGAUGCUGGAUGAAUAGGCGGAAGAACAGUAUACAUGCUGUACCAAUAGGGGUUUGAGGAAAAUAGAAGCACAAGGGGAGGCUGUGUGGUAAAAUAGCGCCUCAUCUAUACAAAUGCUUAGAAACAGCCCAUGAACUUUGAUCUGCUGAAGUUACUCCAAACUGACAGAAAGAGUCCCACAAGUCCAAGACCUCCUCCCCCCACCCCAACCCACCCUUGUAACAUCUGGAUCACUGUGAUGCUUCCCUACAGCCCCCCAGCCACCUGGUUGUGACUGUUUAACAUCAACAUCAUAAGUGCUCCCUCUAACAUUUAACAUCAAAGCCAUUGGACUUCUCACAGUCCUCUCACUGUUACCACUAACCAUACGUAAAAAUCUUAAUGUGGGUAAAAUACAUUUAGAUUUAUUAAUGUUUUCAUAGUAUGUGGGAAGACAUCAGUGAAUAAAGUGACCUUAGAAUUGUAAGUCUGUUAGUUAAAAACACUUUAGUUGAAUGAGCUAGCAAUUUCCAUUUUACCAGUUGACAAGAACCUAUAGUGUAUAUCAACAAACAUAUCAUAUCCUACAUUAUCCUAAAAUAGUGUGCCAUAUGUUUUGAUCCAUGGUUGGGUGUAUUCUCAAUUUUGUAGUGCAGAUACAUGCAAUUCCAAGUGGUAAUGUAAUGUAACCUUUCCUGCAUUAAGAUUUGCAAAAGAAGUCCUAAAAAUUGGGACAGUCCAAUUGAAUUGGAGAAACCCUAAAUAAGUUACCAAAACAAAUGUUUCACAAAAAUCUGAUAUCAACAAUAUGAUUGUAUUUGAGUCUAAGUUUGUCAUCAUUGUCAUAUGAAAAAGUUAACCUUUCAUAUUGUUGUAUUGUUGUUGUUUUUAGGUGUGAUGUUUAGGAAAGAUAUUCAUAAAAUCAUGACGUUUCAAAGGGUAUUAUUUUGCAAUUCUAUAAAUUGGACUGGAAACAUCUCCUGAGUUUAUUCCAUCCUAGUGCAUUUUUACUAUGUCAAGUGCAAGCUGAAGUUGGAGUUUUUAUUAACUUUGUAAAAACAGUAUUUUUCUAUUCAUUUAGAUUUAUUUUAUGGGAACACCCAGUAAGCUUUGUUAACUGCUGUAUAAAGAAAACGUAUGUUGUCUACUCAGGAUCAGGCAUCUGGAGGGACUGGUGAUUGAACAGAAAGACUCAAAUGUUUUAAAUCAACAUUCUAUAACCCUUUAUUCAGUACAAAGUAACUUCACAUGGACAAUUUCAGUUUCCUCCAGACUUCAUUCCCAAACAUUAAAGUAGUUGAUUCCUCCCUCUGGACUUUCAUGUUUUGUCUCUUGGUAAGGAAAAUUAUUUUCUCUCUCAUGUUCCAUUUGCGUCUGUAAAAGUGAACCCUUAUGCUGGUAAACCUCUACAUUUCCCCUGUCAACCCACCAUAGUUCCUCACUCCUAUUUGUCAUGAAUUUCCCUCCCAUGUGCCAAACUGGCACACAAGCUUUUUAGUAUAAUAAAAAAAAGGUUGACUCAUAAACUAUUUGAAAAGAAUAUCGAGAAUAAAUGGGAAGGAAUUUGUUUUUACAAAGCAGUUAAAGGAUUUAACAAGGCAUAAAAUACAGUUUAAAGAAUACAGCUUAUACGGUAUAUAAUAUAUUUUCAAGUGUUUGUUUUAGUUAGUUUUUUUGUUAGUUUAGGGAAUCCUAAGGUCAAAAGAUGCAGUCCAUAUUUUUUUAGUAGCAUGGGUAUGUUAUGUCAAACAAAUUAUGUUUUCAGUAAAAAGGAUACAUUUUUAACACAUAAACAGGAAUGCGUUUUCCACAAUAGCGGAGAAAAAUAAGUAUUGCUGAUAUAUUUUUUAUUUAUUGCUUUUGAGCAUUGUCUUGAAGGCUAGGUUUGUGGGGAUUUACAAUAUAAAGGUAGUUUUGAAAAAUUGGUAUUGAAUGCGUUAAGAAAUGCAAUACAGCCAAAAAAGGAUUGUUCGAUAUUUGAUACUAAUGUAGCAUUAAUGACAAUGAGAUUUAGCACAUUGGUCAAUGUACAUAUACUAAUUUCAACAACAUGUUACAGUUAACAUCUUGCUUCUUUGGGAAAAUACACAACUGCUUGAACUAUGCAAACAUAUAUAUAUAUAUAUAUAUAUAAAAACAUUGUAUGCUUGCUUUCGGAAUACCUUCUUGCAAUAAAGUGAAUGUAAACACAUUAUAUGCGUUUCUCUCAACUGUAGAUGGUUUCAGAGUUACCCAUCAGAUUUUGUAAAAGCCUCUUAAAAACUGUCUCACUCUCUUGAAUGAUUAUAAUAUUAGUUUUAUUUUUUAUCUUGUUAUUGAUAUUGAGUAUCACUGCCAAAAAUAAUUAUACUACUGAGGACCUUUGCUCCAUAUGCUAAUUGACAAGAAUAACUUUUGUCCUACCAUGUGUAUGUCUGGAUAAAUAAAGUUUAAAAAAAAAAUGUC